AUCAUCACAUCACGUGACAGCCCAGACAUGGCGGCCUCCCGGAGACGGCUGCUCUGUUUACGCUCCGGAUUGUUCACUUUUCUGCUGCUUUACUGCGUUUAUUCUCACCUGCAGGUGGUUCUGGCUGAUGACGUGGACAAGUGCGAACACCUGAGACUCGGACAGUAUUUCUGUAAAGAUCCAAAGAUCGAUGAAGCAACUCAGGAACCAGAGAACUGCAGAGACACCACGGCCUGGGUGGAGUGCCUCCCAGCUCCGAACAUCAGCUGUCGGCUCUCCAACGGGACGGAGUUCAGGUUCAGCGGGGACGAGGUCGGAUUCAACAAAACCAUCCCCUGCAGGAACGUGAGCGGUUACUCCUAUAAGGUUGCCGUGGCGUUGUCUCUGUUCCUGGGCUGGCUGGGAGCCGAUCGCUUCUACCUGGGAUAUCCUGCUCUGGGACUGCUGAAGUUCUGCACCGUUGGUUUCUGUGGAAUUGGGACGCUGAUCGACUUCAUACUGAUCGCCAUGCAGAUUGUGGGUCCAGCAGACGGAUCGAACUACAUUGUGGAUUAUUACGGAGCCCGACUGACCCGUCUGUCCAUCACCAACCAGACCUACAGGAAGCCUCACCUGUCCCUGUGAACACACCUGGACACACCUGCACCCACUGCACUGUUCCUCCAUCAGUCCUGUAAAUACCGAGAAGACGGCUGAUCAGCUCCUGAUGUCUAGUUUAAACCUCUGUGUGCUUGUAAAAGUAUUUAAUUUAUAUCUGUGAGGAACAUUUGUGUUUUCAUCCUGAUAACUAAAAAACAUUCCUGCAUUUAUUAUCCUCCAGUUCAGAAACGUCCACGCUGCUUCACUCCUUGUUUCUAUCUCUAAGUUAUGAUGUUUGUCCAUUAAAGUCUUUGUAAAUAAAGGUUCGUUUGUGUUGAUCUA